AUGAAAAUUAUACUCUUAUUGUUAUUCUUCUCAAUCUUCGGUGAAGCCAAAAUGUUCCGCGCGGAUAAAAUCAACUAUAUCUACGCAAAAGCGGCACAUCAUUUGAAAAACGAGCCAAAAGAUUUGAAAUUGAUUGUGAAACGGUUUGAUGAGUUUGACAAGGAAUACAUGGAUAUAAAGCAUAGUGAUUUAGCUCAGGAGAAGUUGGAGAAAAAGUUAUUGCAACUCGAUAAACAACUCUAUGCUUUACUCGAAGAAUUUGGGCUAGAUCAAACUGUUCAAGCGUUCAAGGAGAAAAUGAAGAGUAAAUCGGCUUGGCAAUUAGCAGAUGAUGAUGGAAAUUUUGACAGAGAAAGCCAAAUUGCAAGUGAAUCAUUGGAAAAAUUGUGGAAACAAGCAAAACUCGGGAAAUUCUCAGAAGCCGAAUUUCGAGAGAUUUAUAAUGAUUUGAAAGUUGCUCAAAAAAUGGAGAAAACUUAUGAAGAUUUGGUUAGAGAUCUUGGAAAAACCCCCGACGAAAAUUCGAUUGAUUUCGAUGAAAAUCUUAUCAAAAACAAGAAACUUGCAGUGAAAGAAGCUUUGCAAAAAUACCACGAUUUUGUGGAUGUUUUGGAGCGCAAAAUCACACAUCAAGAGGAGAUUUUGAGCGAGCAACGCGCGAAAAAUCUCUGGAAAAAUGCGAAGGAUCAACUUUCGCAGGAGGCUUUUGCCAAAAUUCGCCGCGAAAUUCUAGAUUUCGAAAAUUUGCUCAAAGAAAUUGUGAGUUUUUUUUUCAAUUUCGAAAAAAAUCUAAUAAAAAUGAUUUAGAAAUCGGCCGGAAAUUCGGAGAGCGUUGGAAAAUUGAAAGCACGUGCCAAAAAAUGGGAGGCCUAUUUGGAGGCGAAAAUCGUUGGGCAUACUGAGUUGUGGUGGGUUUUUUUUGGCGGGAAAUUUGAAAAUAUUGAACGGGGUUUUCAAUUUGUAGCAAAAAAUCAUAAAAUUAAUUUUUUUUCACCGAAAAUCAGAAAAAAAAGCUGAAAAUCUGAAAAUUUUGUAUCAUAAAUCUUAAAAUCCUGAAAAUGUACUCAAAACGUAGAAACUUCAAUUCGUCAAGGAUCAGCUCCUAGGCUUCCACUCUGACAAGGAGCCACGCCUUGAGAGCUUCUUCGCAAGCAGUCGUGCCUACAUAGACUAGUUCUCAAGUAGUCGCGCCUAAAGAACAUAAUUUCCUAUGACCGGCGUCUUCAGAUUCACUUUGACAAAGAUCAGCAGCUACAGAAUCUAGUUCUGAAGUCGCCUCCCCUAGAGAUUCUAGUUCUCAAGCAGUCGCGACUUCAGAGCUUCUUUGUCAAACAGCCGAUCCUAUAUCGACUAGUUUUCAAGUAGCCGAGCCUAUACUAUUCAAUUGUUAAGGAUCAUCGCCUAGAGAUCCAGUGUGAUUGACAAGGAGCCGAGCCUUGAGAACUUCUUUGCAAGCAGUCGAUCCUAUAAAAUCUAGUUUUCAAGUAGCCAAACCUAUGGGUAACGUAGCCCCAACAUCCAUCAAAAUCAUCCCCUUCCCCUCCCAAAACCCUGUUUUUCCAGAUGUUGAUCUUCCGAACUCUCUUUUGCCGAAGAGCUCUUCUCGUGCUCUCACAAUCGACCAAAAACCCUUGCUCAUUCAUUUCUCUUAUCAUAUCAGAAAUUAAUAUGUGA